AUGAUGACCUCAUCCAAGGAGAGGCCUUUAAUAUUUUCCAUAGGAAUUGAUCUCAAAAUUAUUGCAACUAUAUCAGAGGAGCAGGCACCCUCCUCUGAAUGCGCUUUAGGCCAGGAAGACUGCGUGUGCUCCACCAUCGACUGCGCUGCACACCCGAGUCCCUCUGCUCUGGGGGUGCGUGUGCGCCACUCCAUGCCCGUCCUCACCUUCCGUGUCUCAGUCAGAGUCUGCUCCUGGCUCCACUCUCAUUUCUGUAACCAGCGCCCUGUCAACGGCCUUUGCAUGUCAUUUACAGUUUUCCAGUUUGUGAAAACUGCAAGAUCAGUUGUAAAAACAUUUUUGAACACUUUAAAAAGUAACUUCUUCAAAAUAAACUUAUAA